AUGACGGAGCUGGCGAGAGCCCGGGACUGGGAAGGAGGUUGCCUGGGUUCGACCACCCGGGUGGUGACCUCGAGCCCAUCCUUCGUCCCUAGUAAGUCCCAUAAACACACACAUGCACACACACACACACACACACACACACGGAAAGGCCUUACUCACGUCUUGUGUCCCCUAGUCCUGCAAGGACCUGCAGGCCUCAGUGUGCAGCAGGGGCCCAAACUGCCGCAGGUGAGGGAGGACAGCCAGGUGACCUUGGCCCGCCAGGUGGUGCAGUCCCAAGCCUGGGGGCAGCAGCUCCGUAUCGGGUGGAAGAAGGACGGUGUCUUCUUGUGUGACUCACAUGUCACCAAAGUCAGGUUCAGCCUGGGGGUCUGCGGGCCCCGGUGGCAGCUUUCCUGGGAGUCGCGUGGCAACCUCAACCUGCGGGGACCUCGGGACCCUCAACGACAGCAGGGACCACACGGGCUGGGUGACCGUGGAGAUUCCGAGGGCGAUACGUUAAGGCUGUCCUGCCUGUCCCCACCUUCUAGUAACGUGACGCCUGCGUCCAGCUCCCUACAGCCGGCUUCCCCACCCCGGCACAGCUUCUCGGCCGCCCGGAGGGACCAACUCCAGUGUGAGAACACGCAAGAUGAAGAGGACUCCUGGUCGCGCCGCCGGUGGCAGGGGCCGUGGCCGUGGCCGCCGUCGCGCCGAGGGCCCGUGUCUGGAGCGGCCGUGGCCGCGGGCGCGGGGACCCAGUCUGGCCCCAACACUCGUGUCCUGCAGAAGCGGAGGAAGGCUGGAGAAAGCCAGGCGGUCUCCUGUGAUUUUCCCCUCUUAGUCUGUGGCAUCCCUCCCCCGCCCCCCACACCCGUGCAGGGGAUCCUCUCUAGGGUAACGUCCUCUACCAGCCCCGGGGGCGCCCAGAGAAGACUGAGGCGUGGCCAGUGGAGGGGCAGGUGCUGGACAUCCCCGCGGAGGUCCAGACGGGUCUAUUCGAUCUCUUUCCCGCAGCCCCCAGACCCCCAGCCACGUUUGGCCCAGAAGCCUUGCCCCAGCCCCAGCCCCAGCCCGGGUCCCCCCAUCUCUACAGUCGGUGUCUCCCCUGACCCACGCCCCUCUGGGCAGCAGAAGCCAAGAGGGCUCCUCGAAGCGGGAAGAGGGAUCGGAACCCAGAAAAGGCGCGCCCCCCCCCCCCCCCGUGGCCACGUGAAAAUGUGA